AUGGCAGACGCUUACCAAAUCCAAUCAAAUGGCGGCGAUUCGCUGUCGAAACCGCUUCUCGAGCUUUACGUCAAAGCGUCUGGAAUCGAUGCGCGGCGCAUUGGAGCCGACUUGUUCUGCCAGGAGUUCUGGAUGGAACUGUACGCUCUGUACGAGAUUGGCGUAGCGCGUGUCGAAGUCAAAACCGUCAACGUGAAUUCCGAAGCGUUCAAGAAGAACUUCCUGGGUGCACAGCCACCGAUCAUGAUCGAGGAGGAGAAAGAGUUGACUUACACUGAUAAUCGAGAGAUCGAAGGGCGCAUCUUCCACCUGGCAAAGGAGUUCAAUGUGCCACUCUUUGAGAAGGAUCCGUCGGCUGAGAAGAGAAUAGAGAACUUGUACAGAAACUUCAAACUCUUCCUGCGCGCCAAAGUCGAAUUUGACAAGGGAAAGAAGGAGCCAUCGAGAGUGGAGGACUUGCCAGCACAGAUCAAAGUGCAUUACAACCGUGUCUGUGAGCAGCUCUCCAAUAUUGAUCAGCUGUUAUCCGAGAGAAAGACACGCUACUUGCUUGGAAACAGUAUGACAGAGUAUGACUGUGAAUUGAUGCCACGUCUUCAUCACAUUCGUAUCAUUGGGUUGUCGCUUCUUGGAUUCGACAUCCCACACAAUUUCACUCAUCUCUGGAACUACAUUCUCACCGCUUACCGUACCGCGGCGUUCAUUGAGAGCUGUCCAGCCGAUCAGGAUAUAAUUCAUCAUUAUAAGGAGCAACUGAAUCUGUUCACAAACCAGCGAGAAACGCUCCAAUCGCCCACGAAAACCCAUACGAUUCCAGAAAAGGUGCUCUCGGAUAUUCGUGUCAAAGGACUCGCACCAGAUGUGAAUGUUCACUAG